GCUCCGGCAGCAGCGGAAGAGGCGGCGGUGGCGGCAGCUCCCAAGGCUGGUCAGGAAUCAGGGCAGACCGGAGUGCCCGGCCCGGCCCGGCCCAUACGCGCUCAGCUCCGAAGAGUUCCCUGGAACCCUCAACCAUGGCAGAAUACGGGACCCUCCUACAGGACCUGACUGACAACAUCACUCAUGAGGACCUGGAACAGCUUAAGUCUGCCUGCAAAGAAGAUAUCCCAAGUGAGAAGAGUGAAGAGAUCACUACUGGUAGUGCCUGGUUUCACUUCCUUGAGACCCACAAUAAAUUGGAUAAAGACAACCUCUCCUACAUAGAACACAUCUUUGAGAUUUCAAGGCGACCAGACCUGCUCACUAUGGUGGUUGACUACAGGACCCGUGUGCUAAAGAUCUCUGAGGAGGAUGAGCUGGACACUAAAUUGACCCGCAUUCCUAGUGCCAAGAAGUACAAAGACAUCAUCCGACAGCCCUCAGAGGAAGAAAUCAUCAAGCUGGCUCCCCCACCAAAAAAGGCUUGAAGAAGGAGGAAGAGGAAGAGGAGGAAGGUUGGACCUUCAGUGGACCACCCCCAUCCUCCUGGGAGGGGGCAGGGGCAAGCACUGCACCACCACCUCCUUCCCUACCUAUCACUAACCUGGUCUUAACCACUCCCAAUUGUGUGUGUGCGCGAGUGUGUGUGCGCACACGCUCUGGCUGUCUGUCUGUCCGUCUAGCUCGCCUAGUCCCCCCUCCCUGGGGGGGGCAGGGUAUGGGGUCUCAGUCCCCCCCCACUCUAGGGGGAGGUGGGGGCUAUUUCUAUGCAAAUAGAAAUUAGCACAUUCCCCCUGCAUCUCCCACUUCCACUCCCUUACCUCUCUUUUCCCUCCACAAAAAAGUCUAGGAGCAGAGGGGGGGUAAUUUUUCCCACUGAAAUGAGGAAAGAUAGGGAUGAUGGAAACAAAGAAUGUUGAGGGAUUGAGAAGGGCCCUGAACAGGCUGAAAAGAGAGAAUGGAAGGCAAGAGUAAAGUAGCAGUUCUAGGUCAAUGUGGUCCAAGAGUGGAGCUGAGCUCCCCACAUGGGGAGGAUUCAGUAAGGUUAAACUUCAUGCACAUCCCCUCAGUGUUCUCCCUCCAUUCUCUAACAGGAUGGAAGGUCAUGAAUAAAGCCCUUUUUACUUCUCUCUCACUCACAUGAGAUGGGUGUAAGAGUUCUCUAAAGUUGAAGUCCCUUUUGCGCUCCACUCUAGACAGGCAGAGGAAGUGGGUAGCCAAAGUUGAGGAUGAUAAAAGCAGGUGCCCCUCCUUUGCUCCUUCAUCCCUCUUCAGUGACUGUUUCACAUUAUUAUCCUGAGCCUAAGAAAGGGGGAGGGGAGAUCCCUAUCCUCAAUCAGUCUUCUCCCCUGGAGAAAUAUUCCCACCCUAGGCCCAAGAGACAGGAUAGGAGCCCCCACCAUAGAUUUAUAGGGAAUUGCCCCUAUCACUUCGAAUUUGGCAAGCCCUCAGGCAAUAGAGAAGAGGGGAGAAACUACAGUAUUUCCUUUUGCACUAAUCCUAGGCCCCUAGGCAAGAGACCUGGCUCAGUGUGGGAGGGGGAGCACUGCUAUCACUCCCACUUGGCCCCAUUUCCUGGCCCCUUGGGUUUAUGGCCACUUCCUAGCCAAACCACUAGGGGGUACUGACCCCAGCCUGUGGACCCCAAGAUGCCCUUCCCUACCCUGACCGUGCUAACUGUGUGUACAUAUAUAUUCUACAUAUAUGUAUAUUAAACCCGCACUGCCAUGUUUGCCCUUUUGUGGUUUCUAGCGUUAACUUAUUGUCUAGGUCAGACCAGAGAGCUUGGGGAAAGGGGGGAGGGUUAGGGUGGCAAAGAAGGGCUGUAAGAGCCAAAACAGAAAAGGAGGGCAGUGAAAAAAAAAAUUAUAUUCUUGCCCAGAGUUGAUUAGAGUAAGUUUUUGAGCCUGCUGCUCCUAUUGAGGAUGAGUAGAAAGUGGGAGGGAUUAUCUAGUGACUAGAAAAGGGAAGAAGCCAGAGGGCUGGAGGUUAUCUGUUACCCCAAAUAUCCCAAUCUCUAUACCCACCUCCCUACUCCUGCCACUGCUGCAGACACCUGCCUUAACAAACACCUCUACACACUCCGCAGUUUUGCCUUAAGGACCUUCCUGAAAGCCCUUAGUCCUAUCUGGCUUCUCCCUAAGAGUUAAGAGGACAAUAGCUCCUUUUCCUCAAAGCAAACAGGAGAUUGGUGAGACUAGAAAGGGAACUGAACUCUUAUUUCCUGUGUUAGGGGGUAACAUAAUGUUGGGGUAGGAGGGGGUGUCACCCCACCCUUCACUGAGAGGGAAGUGGGGAGGGGAUGAAGGCAGGGUCACCUUAGGUAAAAUUCCCUGUCCCUUGGUUUUUUGAAGACAGAUUAAAAAAAACAUACUAACCCACCCUCCCACUAUUCUGCACUGCAGUGAGAGUCACCCCAUUUCCUUGUGCCCCUCUGUCUGCAGUGUGCACGGCCUUGUUCUAACCCUGGAAUAAAGGUGAUUGUAUUGAAAACAA